AUGGCUUCAAAAGCUGAGGCCACAUAUUUUGAAUUGUUCCCGUUAUCAAUGUUCAUCGAAGAUUCCCCUCCAAGGACUUCCGUAGAAAUGGGGGCGGAAGAAGACGACGCCGAGGAGGAAGUGCUGUUAUUCAAGCAAUUCCACGCCUCUGCUGGCCAAAGCUGGAUUUGCUCUGUGGGUUAUCAUUUUACGCUGUAUGAACGUAUUGAAAAGCUCAGCUCCCCUCGAGCUGCGACCUGA